AUACAGUUAUUAUAACAUUGGAAGAUUAUUUGACAAGUACUGUUGAGUUAUAUUCACUAUUGUAAUACUUUACUGGAUGACUUCGGUUGUGCACAUUUCAGUUGCCACCGACACUACAGACUUGUCCAUUAUUAUAUGAUCUUUGAUAUUAAAACACAAUGUCAGGCCUACAAAAUCGUAGUUCUCAGUUACUCAAGUACACAAGACUUUUCAAUAAUGGCAGUGUCACACGGUUAAGUUCAAGUACUGCUAAAUCAUCUGCUGAAGUGAUUCAACGAGAGAAAAAAGUGUCUGCAAACAAUUAUGAUCCUAGUCCCGUGGUUAUCACCAGAGGAGAAGGAAUUUUUAUGUGGGACGUUGAAGGGAAAAAAUACUAUGAUUUUGUGGGAGGAUUUGCCACCCUUAAUCAGGGUCACUGUCAUCCAAAAAUUAUAAAGGCCAUGACAGAUCAAUUAAACAAACUUCAUCACACGUCAAGAGCUAUAUUUCACGAUUCGCUGUAUCAACUCAAUGAGUUCUUGACUAAACAAUUUGAUUAUGAAAAAGUUUUGAACAUGAAUACGGGUGUUGAGGGAGGAGAGUCUAGUGUCAAGAUCGCAAGAAAAUGGGGAUAUAGAGUGAAAAAAAUUCCACAAAAUCAAGCACAAGUUGUGUUUGCCCAUGGUAACUUUUGGGGAAGAACAAUCGCUGCCAUUUCUGCAUCUACUGAUCCAACUUCCUUCGAUGAAUUUGGGCCUCAUGUUCCUGGUUAUCAAAUAGUGCCUUAUGAUGACUUAGGAAAAUUAGAGCAAGCAUUGAGAAACCCAAAUGUAUGCGCAUUCAUGGUGGAACCAUUACAAGGCGAAGCAGGCGCAGUGGUACCUACCAUAGGCUACUUGAAAGGAGUUCGUGAGCUUUGCACAAAGUAUAAUGUUCUUUGGAUUGAUGAUGAAGUACAAGCUGGAUUGGGUAGGACCGGAAAAAUGUUAGCAGUCGAUUAUGAAAACGUCAAACCUGAUCUGUUGAUCCUUGGUAAAGCACUUUCCGGCGGAGUGUACCCGAUUUCUGCGGUAUUGGGUAAAAGUGAAGUAAUGGAUGUUCUUACUCCUGGUACACAUGGGUCGACAUAUGGUGGAAAUGCGUUAGCAUGUAAGGUGGCGCUGGCUUCAUUAGACGUCAUAAUAAGCGAAGGCUUGGUAGAAAACGCAUUCAAGAUGGGCGAGAUCUUUAGGUCCGAACUCACAGCUCGUUUGGACAAAGAUAAAGUAAUUCUAGUCAGAGGAAGAGGCUUGCUGAAUGCUCUCGUACUAAACACAGAAGGAGUAUCCAAUGUCUACAAAUUAAACAAUGAACUAAAAUCCAAUGGAAUGAUUUCCAAGCCCAUUGGAUCAGGUGCAUUGAGAUUUUCGCCACCAUUAAUAAUUACAGAAGCACAAUUACGUGAAGGAAUUGAUAUAAUAGUAAACACCAUAAAUAAUUUUAAAAAUUAAAUAAUUAAUUGAAAUCA